AUAUGAUUUUAUUACGCAGUUUGUUCGGAUAUUCUGUACAUAAGGUUUUAGAAAGCGGGUCAAACCAAUGGCAGGUAUUGUAAAUAACAUGUCAUUCACACCGACUUUGGGACUUCCGUAAGUUCAGUUGCAACAGAAAAAGGAAGAUCCCGCCAAAAUCAAUCAUCUCGCGAACAACAGUGUUCUCUUUCUCCUCCGGCAACAAUGGCAUCAUCUACUUCCGGCAUCUCAACCUUCGUGAUCAUCCCUCUCCUUAUCAUACCAAUAGCCAUCAUCAACAUCGCCAUCGUUAGCGCCGUCCGUGAAGGCGAACUUAACGUCGUGUUUGGAGUAUUGAGAGGCAGAGGCUACCAUCUCUUCGCCAACGCCAUCGCCACUUCCGACAUCCACUACGAUAUCAAAUCCAACGGCAACUUCACCUUAUUUGCACCGAUCAAUUCGGCUCUGUUUGCUAUUGACAUGACCAUGGCGGCGUCAAAUUACGUUGAGGCUCUCCGAUACCACGUCGUCCCCCGCCGUAUGUCGAUCUCCGAUCUGUUAAGCCUUCCGCCUGGUGAGAAUUACAUUCCUACGCUCAUGCCUGGUCAGAAUAUUCUCGUCGAGCAGCGCCGGGAUCCGAGAUCGUUGAUUACAGUCGGAGGUGUUGAUAUCGUUGUUCCUGGUAUGUUCUAUGGUAGAGACAUUGCUGUACAUGGAUUAGAUGGCAUUCUCGAGUUCAGACCUCAUACAAGAAGUUCACUUCCGAAUGUAACAGCCGCAUCGUUGUCGGAUCUCUCCGGUAACAUGAGUUUGCAAUCGCCGGACGCUGAUUUGCCACCUCCUAGCUCCUCUACACAGGACCUUCCUCCUCCUCUUGAUUAUAAUCCAAUCGGAAAUCUCACGUUUCAGUUUCCGGAGGACGUGCAGUCUCCUCCUUCCGAUUCUUCUUCCGAUUUAUCCCCAACGACCGACGGAAUUGCUAGCCCUAAUCAGUCGCCGAGUGAUUCCACGUAUCUUGAGGAACACGUGUCAAGAGCAAAGCUAUUAGAGUUGACUUCUGCUGUCGCCGACGACGACCUUUCAUCGGCCACCGAACAGACCAGUAACCGUCUACAGAAAUUUACUCCGGCGGAUGAUGAGACCGUCGACUGUUGGCUGGCUGAUAACGGUGUUGAUCCGAAGAAUGCUGCAAUCCAUGCGCGAAAGCUCUAUAUCGCAUCUGACAUGAUUUGUGCACAGAAAUAAGGCUAAAACAUCUGGUAAUUUUUACUGCUAUUAGUGUAUGUUUCAUAUUUUCUUUGAAUUAGGAUAUGUUUCUUCUGAAUCCUACUGAAAAUCAUUCUUCAAUAAAAAUAUAUUUUUGUUC